AUGCAUGUUUGGUGAGUGUCGUGUGUUGCAUCGGCAGCAAAGACCCCGGACGCUUCUCCGGCUGGCGCCGACGCCUCACCACAGCUCCUCCCUUCCUCCGGAUUCACGAGAAAUCCACCACAGCACAGGCAGGCCCACGACCCAGAGGUGUGCUUGAAGCCGAAGAGGCGGCGCGAGAUGGACGGGUGCUUGCGCAAGGAUCUGGCGCUCCAGCCCGGGGCGCACGCCCGCCGCCUGUUUGUGAAAAUGCCGCAGACACUCGUCGGAGUCCCCGGCUCAUGGUGGGUGUGUGGCCUGUCCAUCCCUGCGCGCGUGCGCGCUUAGGCAAGCCGAAGGCGCCUGUGGGAAUGCGGCCUCGCGUCGAGCACCGGCUGCUGAAAGAAUCCCCCGCGUGGGACUGGUUCUUUGAUCUCCAUUUGCCUUUUAUGGAUCUUGUUUUCUCCCGGUCCAAAUAGAAGAAACUGGUGCUGCCAGAGUAGUAGGAUUUUGAUGAUGCAACUUCUGUCCACUGAUGAAAAGGAGUUGGUGCAGGCUGCAAACGCAUCCAAAGAGAUCCAGGCGGAGUUUGGGGGAAACGCGUAGACUUUUAUUUGCAAAAUAAGAGGGGUUGCAGUUGCACAGUUAGAAAAAUAUGAAGUGGAAGACGUACGUGGUUCCAUGUUGAUGGAUUUUUUGCUGGUUCCAAAAGAUGCACUGUCGCAACCUUUUGAAUUUCCUGUGCAUGUGGGACCCUCGCGUGGAGCUAUAUUGUCGUUGUUUUGCUUUGUUUUUGACUGGAUGACUGGACUAGUCGGGCCUUGGCUGGUGAGUGGUGACCGGUGGGUGCUACAAUCUACCCAAAUGGCAUUGGUUUUCUUCUCCAAAGGUUUCUCUUGUCCCUGUAGCUGUAGGAUGACGGAUCGCUAGUCGUGCAAGCAAGCAAGCAGAGAGAUAGAGAGCGAGGACAUGGACAUCGCGCAGCCUGCAGGGGCGGAUGCGGUGAAGCUUGUGGUGAUGAUCGUUCAGGCAGCUCAGACAGUUCGCCACAACAAGAAGACCUGCCAGCAGCUCGUCAACCGCGCGCAGAUGAUCGGUGACCUGCUGGAGAAGCUGCAGGGAUCGGAGAAGAUGCGGCAGCCAGAGAUACAGAGCCCGCUGAAGGUGCUCGAGGGGGUCCUAGGCGAGGCCCACGCGCUCGUCAAAUCAUGCCAGAACAGCAGCUAUGUAUACCAGCUCUUGAUGGGCCGGAAGCAGGCUGAUCAGUUCCGUGUUGUGCAAAAUAAAAUAGACUCGUAUCUCCUGCUCUUCCCACUCAUCAGCCACAUCGAAACUGCAGCUCAACUGGACCAAAUUCUGAAUGCCGUACGGCCACAGGCUGCUGAAGUGAUGCCAAAGUUACUUAGUGGCUGCUCAAACUACAGUGCUACUAGGUGCUCAUCUGGUGAUGCCAGGAUUGAAGUUUGUGGUAUAUCCGGAAGAGUUCACGCAAUAAAUGAGCCAUUUGCUGUAAAGGAAAGCCAGCAAGCAGGUUCCUCAAAUGUUGUCGAAUCAUUAUCAACCAAACAAAGCAGAAUGAGGCGCCAUUGCUGUGGACAGCAUAAGGAGUCACCCACAAUUCAUAGGCUUACUGGUGACAAAGUCUCCUUCAAGUUCACUUUCUUCCAGUUGGUGGAUGCUACCAAAAGUUUCUGCCCUGCAAACCAGAUUGGAAAAGGUACCUUUGGCUGUGUUUACAAGGGUCGACUACAUGAUGGAUUUGAAGUUGCAAUCAAAAGACGUUCUGAAGUUCCUCCGUCACCUAGUAAAUUGGAUUUCCAAAAUUUGGAGUUUAGCAAUGAGGUUUGCUUUCUUACUGAACUUCAGCAUACCAAUAUUGUCAAACUUCUGGGAUGCUGCAUCCAUGGAGCAGAGAGAGUUUUGGUCUAUGAAUAUAUGGCCAAUGGAAGCUUCGAUACCUUCAUCUUUGGUGCAAGAACAAAAAGGGCCUAUCUUGACUGGCCCACGCGCUCCAAAAUAAUGAAAGGGGUGGCUGAAGGACUUCUGUAUCUUCAUAAGCAGUGUGGGCUAUACAUUAUACAUGGAGAUUUAAAGCCAAGUAACAUUCUCUUGGAUUCUGACAUGAAUCCCAAGAUCUCUGAUUUUGGCAUAGCUAGGAAGUAUAGCCCCGGUGUGGAUGAAGAGUUUACUGACCGCGUAGUGGGCUCGACUGGUUUUAUUGCCCCAGAAUAUCAGAAAAGAGGACUUUUCUCAACAAAGUCUGAUGUGUAUGGCUUUGGAGCAUUGCUUCUUGAGGUCAUCAGUGGCAAGAGGUGCUUCUCACUUUCGAGUGGAGCUGAUUAUGGUGUUUUGAAUAAGAGGGCCUGGGUGUUAUGGGGUAGAGGAAGAUUGAUGAAGAUUGUCGACCCUCACUUACGCGGUGAAUCUCAUGCAGCAGAGAUAGUGAGGUGCAUCCAGAUAGCAUUGCUGUGCGUCGAGGAAGACGCGGCGAACCGACCCACCAUGCAGGAGGUUGUUCUGAUGCUAAGCUGCCAGAGUGUUGCGUUGCCAACACCUCAGCGCCCGGCUUACCUGAAUGCUGAAAUGGCAAAGCCUACAAUUUAAGACCACGGAACUCUUCUUUCUGCCAGAACAGGUUUGUAAUCAAAGUUGCAGAUAUUGUACAUCGACUCUGUUGUGUGUGUUUUGUGGCAUAGCAGCUCAAGUACUACCUGAUGUUUUCAUCUGCUGGGUAAAGAAGCUGUAGAAGAUAUUAAUCAAGAGUGUUGAGACCAAACUCAUUUCAGGCAGCAUAAUGUUGCAACUGAUGUCACGGAAAACGUAAUUUGUCCCUUAGAAUUUUUGUUGUUGUUUCUGAAGAUUCCUCCAGGUUGAACGUAACAAUUCCAGUCCUUUAUUUUACCAUUUUUUCGAUAUUACCUAGAGAAGAGUUGUUGAUCGAGUGAGAGACGUGCCAGUGGCUUAGACCAUCUACAGCUGGACAUGGCAAAUCCG